CGCAUGCAACAGUUCGUUGAGUCUUCGGCAACCUCCCUCGCCUUGAUCGAGCGCGGUGUCCGGUGGCGCUGUAGCUCUCAGUGAGAUGACGAAUCUGGAAGCAGAGGAUGAUGAGGUGUUGGCGGGUGCAGGAGCAGAUCUGAUGCAGCGGAAGAAGACGGGAAAGAUUAUACGGAAAGCGCACGCUCGCGUCGGGCUUCUCGGCAACCCCAGCGAUGGCUAUUACGGUAAGACCAUCUCUUUCUCUUUGAAGAACUUUGCGGCGACCGUCACUCUCACCCCAUCUGAAACUUUGCGUAUUGUGCCGCAUCCAGAGCACGACCCAUCAGAGUUUCCUUCGCUCCGGGAUCUUGUUGGAUGGACGGGGACCGCCGGAUACUACGGCGGCGUACGGUUGUUGCUGGCGGCGUGCAAGAGGUUCCAUGACUACUGCGCAGAGCAUUCUAUAGAUAUACCAGAUGACAGCAACUUCACCCUUAGCUACGACACAGAUAUUCCGAGGCAGGCGGGCUUGUCGGGCUCCAGUGCCAUCGUGUGCGCCGCGCUCAGCUGCCUGUUUGAACAUUACGCCGUAAAUGACAAGAUACCGAUCGCCGAAAGGCCGAGCCUCGCGCUCAGUGUCGAGGAGGAACUUGGAAUAACCGCCGGGUUGCAGGAUAGAGUGAUUCAGGUGUAUGGCGGUCUGGUCUACAUGGACUUCGAUCGGGAUGUGAUGACGAGGAUCGGCGGCGGAAUUUACGAGCCCAUGGACCCGGGCCUGCUCCCACCGCAUAUGUAUGUCGUCUAUUCGCACAACCCGGAAGAGUCGGGCAAAGUUCACAGCAACUUGCGCAGACGGUGGAUCGCCGGCGAGACGUCUGUGGUCGACGACCUGAACCAGGUCGCGUCUUUCGCGGAGCAGGGCAGGACGGCGCUUAAGAAUGGCGAUACGCAAUUGCUGGCGGCGUUGAUCGACCGCAAUUUUGAUUAUCGGAGGAAACUGUUCGGCGAUGCCGUUCUAGGUUGCCUGAACAUCAAGAUGGUGGAGGUUGUGCGGUCGGUCGGCGCAGCGAGUAAGUUCACCGGAAGCGGGGGCGCCGUGCUUGCCUUUUGUCCUGAAGGGUCUUCGCAGUCUGCCAAAUUGAAAGAAGCCUGUGCAAAGGAAGGAUUUGAAUGCGUUCCGGCAAUAGUGGCGCCGUCUCUGGUCACUGCAAGCUUGGACGGUAGCGAGUGAGUAGCAUCUGGUCACAUUGCAGCCUGCAGGUAAUGUUGCUCAGUUAUGGAAAAAGCUCUUUUCGCUCUUCUCCUUCUUCUUCUUUUCAUCUCUUUUUUUGUGUGUUUGUGUGUCUGCUGAGUAGGUUCUUUGCUGCUGACGGACCUUCUCUAAGGGCUUUAUGUAUACCCGAGGCGGAAUUUUCUCUUGUGCGCCAAAGAAACUGCCUCUGUUAAUGGGAUUUAAGAGUGGAGCAAAUGGGAAGGGGCGGGAUUAGGAAAAGGUAAAACCACCUGUACCUCCGGCCCUCCGGGCCUCUUUUUGCCGAGGCGGAAAAGAACUGCGCGCCAACCUUCGCCGAAGCGCCGGCACAGUGCCUUUUUUUUUCGCUUUUUCGCUUUUUCGCUUUUGGCUGGCACUGCCAGCCAUUGUCCUCUGGCAGCGCUGUUCACCCGAAGCACCCGGAACGUUGCGUUUCUGAUUCUCGUCGUGGCUUCGGAGGAGGGAAAGGCAGUCACUGCGGCGGAAAUCACGAUGAAUUGAACCUUUUCAGACCAGCACAGGGAAUUGGGUCAAGCUACUGGUGCUCCUGGAGCUGCGUGGUGGUGGAGUUCAGUGGGCUCAAAAUAACAAGUUUUUGCAGACUAAGAAUUCAGAUCUUUUGAGAUAAAUUGAGACUUAUUUG